AGGGACAGAAGGCUUUUUUCCGUUUUCCGAAAGAUGAUGUUACUUGUAAGAAAUGGAUAAAGGCAGUCAAUUCCAGGAGAGUAAUCGAUGGGAGACUGGUUGAUUUCAAACCGAGUAAGGCAUCUAGAUUGUGCUUGAAACAUUUUGACGACAGUUGUUUUUUUCAUCCUCAAAGUGUUAUGGCUAGUGACAUGUUGUGUUGGAAUGGAGUUAAAGCUCAAGCUCAAAGCUGGUGCAAUUCCAACGAUAUUUCCGGAAACAGAGGCAUACAAAGCUUCAAAGAAAGCUCCACUAAAUCCCAACGACCUUGGACCAGGGAAGCACAACCGAGCGAAGUAUGGCGCCUAUUCUAAAAGGAACCAGAAACCGGACCCAUAUUCAUCAUGUGUGGAAGAGCCAGAUGUCUGUGAAGAAAUGUCUUGUGAACAGUCGCCUGUUCGGAUCAGUGGUCCUGAAUCACAUUUUGAUAAUGUGUAUUCGCAGUCAUCACAGACAUCUGAGACUACAUCUUGCUGCUUUGCAUUCCGUGGCAAAUGCAAACCGCAAGCAGGCUGAGACCAGACUGGGGGAAAAAAGAUACAGACUCUCCUAUCCUAAGUACAAGGCUGGACACCAUGUGGUUAAAGCAGUUAAAGAGAAUUGCACUUAUGACUAUGUUGAUGAACUAAUGGCAGAGCUGCUUAGGAUGAAAGAGGAGUACAAGAGCGAUGCCAAUGCAAGGGCUGCCUCUGGCAACAUUCUGUUUUCACCGCCACCCCUGUCUUCAUCUGCAAACAGAAUCCUGAAGUCAGAGGCUGUGAAGAACCAUCGUUCGCGAUUUAAUUAGCGAAGAGGGAUGGAAAUUAGUGGUUGCCCGUUUUGUUGUAUAGUUAUCUAUUACUUUUAAAGAAAGUAUUGGUUACACAUGACACUACAUGUACAUAGUACUGGGCGCGUUAAGGCUUACGAUGGGAAACCAAAAAACUAUAGAUGGUUGUCCAUGUGGGCAACCAACUGUAAAACGUUAGUUUCCAUCCCUGGCGAAGCAAAAUCCAAUGUAUGAGUCGGACGGAAAUCUCUGGCGAAUGGCUGCCACAGCGCAUGACGGAAGAGGUCUUCAGUCCUUCUUGCUCAGACGGUGCCAAAUCCAACGAGCCAAUCUUCUAUAUGCAAUGUAUCUGUAUACUCUGAAGUUAUAAAUGUAUAAGGAUACCAUUAUGAUAAAUAUUAGUAUGUUUAGUAAAACAAAGGUACUUUUCAACUUGACAAUUACACAAGCCAUGCUGUAGCAGAUUCUUACUUAAGUUUACAGUUUAACAAACUUAUUCAGCUUGAAUAUAAUAUUAUAUAAUAUAUAUUUUACUGAAAAUAUGUCAGAAAUCAGAUUUUGUAAGCAACUUCACAUCAUGUUGUUGCAGGUUGUUAUUGUAGUGUACUUUCGAAAAUUAAACAGCUUGUAUUUAUAUUUUUAUUUCAAAUGUUGAAAAAUAAUAAUGAACUGGCAUUUGUAAGUAACCAAAAAUCAUUGUGUAGCAAAUUGAUACUUCAUUUUACAAUUAGAUAACCCAGUCAUCUUGUAUACAGGCGUAUUUUAAUGUUGAUUAAAACUGUUGUCUUUUUUAUGUUAUUUUUAUUAUUUGUAUCAAAACAUAUUUACAGUAUGAAAUACAAAUGACAA